ACUUAAUCGACUUUUAUGCAAUUUCGAGCACCAAACUCACCCUCUACACAAUUUGUAAUACGAAGUACAAGUUAAAACAUCCGGCUAACGGACAAACCCAAUCCUUACGAAACCCAACGACGGAACAUGCCUAUUGCCUAGUGCGGUUACUCAAAGCAGGUCUAUCUCUUUCAUCAUCACUCACUGACUGGCUGACAUCCCUUUUCCGAGACGACUCUUCACUCCUCAAUCAUUAUUUGAUCUCAGAGCCAUGGCGAUUCCUGACAUUCGAAUUCCAAAACGACAGCUGUUCAUAGACGGCGAAUGGAUAGAACCAGUCAAGGGGAAUCGCCUGCCGAUUAUAAAUCCCGCUACCGAGGAGACCAUUGGGGAUAUUCCGGGAGCUACAUCGGAAGAUGUGGAUAUAGCGGUAGAAGCUGCUCGGAGAGCUAUGGCCGGCACGUGGGGCUCGACCACUGGAGCUCAACGGGCCACAUAUUUACGUGCUAUUGCUGCCAAGGUAAAGGAGAGGAAGCCUGAACUAGGGACUCUUGAAGCCAUUGAUUCUGGUAAACCUUGGCCUGAAGCAGAUGCAGAUAUUGAUGACGUUGUAGCAUGUUUUGAGUACUAUGCUGGCCUUGCUGAAGCAUUGGAUUCGAAACAGAAAACUCCUGUUCCUCUUCAUUUGGAUUCAUGUAAAACAUAUGUUCUGAGAGAGCCCCUUGGUGUUGUUGGGCUUAUUACUCCAUGGAAUUAUCCUAUGUUGAUGGCUACCUGGAAAGUUGCCCCUGCACUGGCUGCUGGAUGUGCUGCAAUACUAAAGCCAUCUGAAUUAGCAUCAAUUACCUGUUUAGAGUUAGGUGAAGUAUGUAAAGAGGUUGGCCUUCCUCCUGGUGCCCUAAACAUUUUAACAGGGUUGGGACGGGAAGCAGGUGCCCCAUUGGCAUCACAUCCUCAUGUUGACAAGAUUGCAUUUACAGGUAGUAAUGCCACAGGGGUCAGCAUCAUGACUGCGGCUGCCCAACUUGUCAAGCCGGUAACACUUGAGCUUGGUGGCAAAAGCCCUAUAGUUAUAUUUGAUGAUGUUGGUGACCUUGAUAUAGCUGCUGAGUGGACUCUUUUUGGUUGCUUUUGGACAAAUGGUCAAAUUUGCAGUGCAACAUCUCGUCUCAUAUUGCAGGAAAGUAUUGCUGCAGAGUUUAUGGACAGGCUUGUGACAUGGACCAAAAAUAUUAAAAUAUCAGACCCGUUGGAGGAUGAAUGUAAAAUGGGUCCUCUCGUUAGUCGUGGACAGUAUGAGAAGGUGACGAAAAUCAUCUCAACCGCCAGAAGUGAAGGUGCAACCAUUUUGUAUGGUGGCCAGCGUCCUGAGCAUCUGAAAAGGGGGUAUUAUAUUGAACCAACCAUUAUAACUGAUGUAAAUACCUCCAUGCAAAUUUGGAGAGAGGAAGUAUUUGGACCUGUUCUUUGUGUCAAGACAUUUAAAACUGAAGAGGAAGCCAUUGAACUAGCAAAUGACACCCAAUACGGAUUGGGUGCAGCAGUUUUGUCUAAAGAUGUUGCCAGAUGCGAGCGCCUAACAAAGGCUUUUCAGUCAGGCAUAGUUUGGGUGAACUGUUCACAGCCAUGUUUUUGGCAACCCCCUUGGGGAGGAAAGAAGCGUAGUGGUUUUGGUCGUGAACUAGGCGAAUGGGGAUUAGAAAACUACUUGAAUAUCAAGCAAGUUACGCAAUAUGUAUCAGACGAGCCUUGGGGUUUUUACAAGUCUCCUUCAAAGCUGUAAAAAGAGUGGGUGUAUUGUGUUCCAUUUAUGCGUUUGUUAUUGCUUUAGAAGGAUCAUAUCCAAUUCUAAAACUCGUGUUGAGGCUCCAUUUACCAAAUAUGUAAGGUUGGGUACACAUCCUUUAAUAUUUGGAACAUGAAGUGGGAAUACAAGUUUUAGAACUUGAUAUGCACUUUCUGAAGAGAUACAAAAGGCAUAAUAUGGCUCGACUUUGCAGCUUAUACAAGAGAAGACAACAAACGCGGACGCGUUUGUUGUGUUGUUGUACCUACUACCUAGUACUGUAGUAGUAUCUGCUUCUUUAAUAAUGCAAUAUGCCUAUUUGUGAAAUGAUAUUCAGAAGUGAAUUUGUCUUUCAAGUUGAUGUAAACCAACGUUGAAUGGGGGACAUUCCUAACCGUGAUUAGUAUUUAUGUUUGUUUUUUUUUAAAUGUCAUUUUUUCUGACAAAUAUUUGUUCACGUUCUCCUAUCAGUUCAGUAUCAUUUGGUUCAUACAAAUAAAUCUGUCUAUUUGAAA